CUUUCCUGCUCCGGGAUGUGCCAGUCGCUCCAGCCCGGCCGUGCUGGCAGGAUGCUGCUCCCCCUGCUCUUCCCCCAGCUGUGCCGGCCCCUCCGCUGCCUCCUGCGGGGUGGCAGGAGGGCUGGCUGUCCCCACAGGGCUCUGCACACAGCCCGGGCCACCUGCAGCAGCGACAUCACCCCUGUGUUCACCAGGGCCCUGGCUUUUGGGGACAAAGUGGCCAUCGUUGACCAGCACGGGGAGCACACGUACCGGGAGCUGCUGAGCCGGAGCCUCCGCCUGUCCCAGGAGAUCUGCAGGCUCCUGCAGUGCCCCAGCAGGGACCUGAAGGAAGAGAGGAUCUCCUUCCUGUGCCCCAACGAUGCCUCCUACGUGGUGGCCCAGUGGGCCUCGUGGAUGAGCGGGGCCAUAGCCGUGCCCCUGUACAGGAAGCACCCUCUGCCCGAGCUGGAGUACGUGAUCCAGGACUCGCAGAGCGCCCUGCUCAUCGCGGCCCAGGAGUUCCUGAGCAAAAUAACCCCCAGCGCCCAGAAACUGGGAGUCCCCGUGCUGCCACUCCCCACGCCUGGUGCUGGUGGAUCCACGAGCCCUGCAGCCACGGAGGAGGGGCUCUUGCCAAGCUGUUCCUCGUGGAAGGACAGAGGGGCCAUGAUCAUCUACACCAGCGGGACCACGGGGAGGCCCAAGGGUGUCCUCAGCACCCACGAGAACGUGCAGGCUGUGACCACGGGGCUGGUUGAGAAGUGGGAGUGGAAGAAGGAGGACGUGAUCCUGCACGUGCUGCCUCUGCACCACGUCCACGGGGUGAUCAACAAGCUGCAGUGCCCGCUGUGGGUGGGAGCCACGUGCGUCAUGUUCCCGGAAUUCAGCGCGCACACGGUGUGGAAGAAGCUCCUGAGCUCCCAAGCUCCCCGUGUCAAUGUGUUCAUGGCAGUGCCCACCAUCUAUGCCAAGCUGAUGGAAUAUUAUGAUGAGCAUUUCACCCAGCCCCAGGUGCAGGAUUUCGUGCGUGCCUUUUGCCAGGAGAACAUCAGGUUAAUGGUGUCAGGCUCAGCAGCCCUGCCUGUGCCUGUCCUGGAGAAGUGGAAGAGCAUCACGGGGCACACCUUGCUGGAGAGGUAUGGGAUGACUGAGAUUGGGAUGGCGCUUUCCAACCCUUUGCAUGGAGUCCGUGUCCCAGGUUCCGUGGGGACGCCGCUGCCCGGCGUGGCCGUGCGCAUCGCCAGCGAGACGCUGCGGGACGGCGCUCGGUGCUACACCGUGCACGCGCAGGGCGACGAGAGCUGCACUCAGGUGACCCCGGGCCUGGAGGGACAGGAGGGGGAGCUGCUGGUGAAGGGCCCCUCGGUGUUCCGUGAGUACUGGAACAGACCCAAGGAGACGGCGGAUGCCUUCACGGCCGACGGAUGGUUCCGGACAGGAGACACAGCAGCCUACAAGGAUGGAGUGUACUGGAUCAAGGGCCGCACCUCCGUGGACAUCAUCAAGAACGGGGGGUUCAAAGUCAGCGCGCUGGAGGUGGAGCGGCAGCUCCUCGCACACCCCCACAUCACAGACGUGGCGGUGAUCGGGCCCCCGGACGCCGUGUGGGGGCAGCGGGUCAGCGCCGUGGUCAAGCUGCGCCGGGGGGAGAUGCUCUCCGUCAGGGACCUCAAGGACUGGGCCAGGGACACCAUGGCUCCCUAUGCCAUCCCGACAGAGCUGAUCGUGGUGGAGGAGAUCCCGCGCAACCAGAUGGGCAAAGUCAACAAGAAGGAGCUCCUGAAGCGCUUCUACCCAGCCUAGUGCCCCCCGGGGGGCUUGGCCCUGAUCCACGGCCCUUCUGCCCCUGAGGAGGAGCCAAGGGAUCAUCCCUGGCAGCUCGGGGCUCACUGCAGCCUCGUCCUUGGGUAAUGCCCAGUAAAAGCAGGAUUUGUGCUGCCUGGCUGAGCUGAGCCAGAGCUGCAGAGUCAGGCUCUCCUUGUGGGGAGCCCUUCCCCGGAAUCACAGAAUCACAGAAUGGUUUGGGUUGGAAGGGACCUUAAAGUCCAUCCAGUGCCACCCCCUGCCUUAGGCAGGGACAGCUCCCACUACCCCAGGGUGCUCCAAGCCCUGUCCAGCCUGGCCUUGGAUGCUUCCAGGGAUGGGGCAGCCACAGCUGCUCUGGGCACCUGUGCUAGGACCUCUCCAGCCUCACAGGAAUGAUUUCCCAGCAGAAAUAAAGAAUAAAUCCAAAAUCACACAUAAA